AUGUUUGUGGGAACUCGUGUAUCUUGGGGUGACUUGCCCGUAGCAACCAACCUCACCUCAUUCACCCCAAUUGCCACCCCUUCUACCGCACCUCUGGCAAAGAAGACACGCUUGGAUUGUGAAGAGUACAAAGACAACCUUUAUGGCUCAGUGCCUUGUGACUGGCUUGCUCUAGGUGUCAACCUUCCAGACUUUGCCACCUGGAAUCCAUCGUUGGAUGUAUAUGAUUGCAUGUUAACAAAUAAUACGCGAUACUGCACGCUUCUAGGGACCGGGUAUAACACAAGUAAAUUGAACACCACAGUUUUGCCUUACGUAGAUGUUCCAUCCGGCGCAGCCGUUAAUUCGACUCCAAAUUGCUACAGCUGGUAUCACACGUCAAAAGCAACACCUUGUGAUGAGAUCCUGUCAUUUGCCAAUAUCGCCUUCGAUGCAUUCUAUGCAUGGAACCCGAGCGUGAAAAGCGACUGCUCAAAUAUCUGGCUGAACGUGUCUUAUUGUAUAGACGGUGACGGCUUCGAUGACACCUCUUACCCGAGUUCUAGUACCCAAACUACUUCUACUCCAACUUCAGCAUCAUCAUGCACGGGUGCCUCCGCGACCGCUCCGGGUCCUACCCAAAGCGGCAUUCCAUGUGAUUGUAACAAAUACGCAAUGCACGAUGACGAUGUUUAUUGUCAGGGAAUGGCAGAUAAGUAUGAUAUUACUCUCGCUGAGCUUUAUAAGCUCAAUCCCGCUCUUAAUGGCGACUGUAGUGGGCUGUGGGCCGGUUAUGCCUACUGCAUUGGAACUCCAGGCUUGAGCACAUCUGUCCCUGCCACCACGACUAAUACCGCCCCAACCGCAACUUCGAGUGGAAAUUGCGCGAAUGUCACUCCACCGAAGUAUCUGAUGCAUGAUAAAGACGGAGUCUACUGCUAUGACAUUGCGCAAGAUAGCGAUAUAAGUUUGGACGAGCUAUGUGAGUGGAAUCCUGCACUCAAUGGUAAUUGCAGUGGGUUAUGGCUCAACUAUGCAUACUGUAUUGGAGUGCAAUGA